AUGUUGAUUUUUCCACUGCUGUGCAUCUUAGCCGCUGUGUCAGCGAAUUCCGAGUGUAUAUGGGCAGUUGGUCGGCUCGUGUGUAACAAAGAACAGAAACGAGUCUUAAAUGCUGUUGUAGAGGUCUGGGAUAAGGAUGGACCGCAAAGUAUUCGAGCUGUCGAUGCACUUGAUCCCGAUGAUAAAGCGGGAUUGACAGUAGUGGAUGCUGAAGAUGGAAUGUUUAAGGUAGAAGGUAUGAUUUCAGAACAAAUUAUUGUUAUCUGGCAUGGCUAUUCAAAGGCAGUGUAUCGGCAGAAUUUCGUUUUCCGUUUUUCGGAUCCUUCUCGCCAGUAAGA